AUGGCUCAAAUUAGAUUCCAUUAUUUCGACAGCUUUGGUAGAGGAGAAACUUCAAGAUUAAUUUUGAAGUAUCUGAAUCUCGAAUUUGAGGAUGUUAGACACACUCACGAAACUUGGGAUCAAGCUAAAACAACAGGCAUUGCAGAAUUCUCUCAAAUUCCUCUACUUCAGAUUGACGGUCAUAAUUUGGUGCAAUCCAGAGCUAUUGAAAAGUACUUACUUAGAAGAGCUGGAUUAAUUUCAAAUGAUCUUUUCGAGAACUAUCAAUCUGAAUCUCUUGUUGGAUUUGUGGAUGAUAUUUUCCAAACAGUGGUCAAAUUUAUCGUUUUUGAUAAGGAUAUGGAAGGCCUUGAGAAGUGGUAUCAUGAGCAAUUGCUUGAAAAACUUAGAAUUAUUGAAAAAAGGCUAAAUGCAAAUAGCACUCACUUAGUGGGAAAUUCAAUAAGCCAUGCAGACUUUGUCACUUUUGAGUUUCUUUAUGAUUGGCUAUUGAGACCUCAAAAAGCUGCAAAAAUGAGACCAUUUAUUGAAGCAAGUGCUCCACGGCUACUUCAGUUUGCUGAGAACUUCAAGAGCCAUCCUAAUCUGGCUGCCUAUCUUGCAACAAGAGAAGAGAGAGAAUAUUAA